CGGGAGAGAUGCUGCAAGAAACUUCUUAAAUGACCGCGUCCGGCCGGCUGUGGAGCGUUUCUGGGUUGGGGAGAGGAAAGGAAAGUGGAAAAAAACUGAGAACUUCCUGAUCUCUCUCGCUGUGAGACAUGUCUGAGACUCCUGCUCAGUGUAGCAUUAAGCAGGAACGGAUUUCAUAUACACCCCCCGAGAGCCCGGUGCCCAGUUACACUUCCUCGACGCCGCUUCAUGUGCCAGUGCCCCGAGCGCUCAGGAUGGAGGAAGACUCGAUCCGCCUGCCCGCGCACCUGCGCUUGCAGCCAAUGUACUGGAGCAGAGAUGACGUAGCCCAGUGGCUCAAGUGGGCUGAAAAUGAGUUUUCUCUAAGGCCGAUUGACAGCAGCACGUUUGAGAUGAAUGGCAAAGCUCUCCUGCUCCUGACCAAAGAGGACUUUCGCUACCGGUCUCCUCAUUCAGGUGAUGUGCUCUAUGAACUCCUUCAGCAUAUUCUGAAGCAGAGGAAACCUCGGAUUCUUUUCUCACCGUUCUUCCACCCCGGAAACUCGAUACACACGCAGCCGGAAGUCAUCCUGCAUCAGAACCACGAAGAAGAUAACUGUGUCCAGAGGACCCCGAGGCCGUCGGUGGAGAACGUACACCACAACCCUCCCACCAUUGAACUGUUGCACCGUUCCAGGUCACCCAUCACGACAAACCACCGGCCUUCUCCCGACCCCGAGCAGCGGCCCCUCCGGUCCCCCCUGGACAACAUGAUCCGCCGCCUCUCCCCGGCCGAGAGGGCCCAGGGACCGAGGCUCCACCAGGAGAACAACCACCAGGAGUCCUACCCCCUGUCAGUGUCUCCCAUGGAGAAUAAUCACUGCCCGCCGUCCUCCGAGCCCCACCAGAAGCCCUCCAGCCCCCGGCAGGAGAGCACGCGGGUGAUCCAGCUGAUGCCCAGUCCCAUCAUGCACCCUCUGAUCCUGAACCCCCGGCACUCCGUGGAUUUCAAGCAGUCCCGGCUCUCCGAGGACGGGCUGCACCGGGAAGGGAAACCCAUCAACCUCUCCCAUCGGGAAGACCUGGCAUACAUGAACCACAUCAUGGUCUCCGUCUCCCCGCCCGAGGAGCACGCCAUGCCCAUCGGGAGGAUAGCAGACUGUAGACUGCUUUGGGAUUACGUCUAUCAGUUGCUUUCUGACAGCCGGUACGAAAACUUCAUCCGAUGGGAGGACAAAGAAUCGAAAAUAUUCCGGAUAGUGGAUCCCAAUGGACUGGCUCGACUGUGGGGAAACCAUAAGAACAGAACAAACAUGACCUAUGAGAAAAUGUCCAGAGCCCUGCGCCACUACUACAAACUAAACAUUAUCAGGAAGGAGCCAGGACAAAGGCUUUUGUUCAGGUUUAUGAAAACCCCGGAUGAAAUCAUGAGUGGCCGAACAGACCGUCUGGAGCAUCUUGAGUCCCAGGAGCUGGAUGAACAAAUAUACCAAGAAGAUGAGUGUUGAAGGAACCAGCCCCCGGCUCAGCGGGCCAAUAGCCAAGGGCACCCUGCCCGCCAGGAUGGCUGGGGCGUGACGGAGCGGAAGGGAAGAGACCCGGACAUGGCAGUGACACUUCUCUCGCCCAGCGUGAGGGACCCCGGAGCACCUUAGACAAACCACUCAGCAAAGGCGGCGCUGGAAUUCUGGCCAAGGGCACCAGCCUGGGACUCAUGUUCAUGGUUCCUUCUCAUUUGGAAUCUCUUUCUGUAAUUCCUCCCCCACCCCGUUCCACCUAUUGUUAAGUUUCAUGGUGUUUUUGGUUUUGUUCUUUUUUAAGACCAUGCAGUUUGACUUUUCAUCAUUCAUAUAGGGGAAGACAUCGAGGUUGUUUUCCUAUGGAAAUAUAUAUCUAUUAUAUAUAUAUAUAUAUUUUUUGCAAAUCUCACAAAGUGCAGAAGCGCAUCUGGUCAGGAGAGAGAACACUUACAAAAGGGUUCAGGUUCUCUUGACCCUGCCACGUGGAUCAGGUUUGUGCCUGUUGCUGUUGGGUCUUGGCUGGAAAAAAAAAGAAAAAAAAGAAAGAAAAAAAAAAGAUGCUUUUAAAAACGAUAAAUUGAAAAGGAGAGCUCUCUUCUUCUCUCUCUGGCUCUCUUUCCUUCCCUGCCCCGUCCCGUCCUCCCUCCUUGCCUGUUGUUGAAUUUCAGAUGCCUUUCAGCGGGGUUCAGCCUCUUUGGAGAGUCUUGGGAAUUGUUGGCACCUAAACGGGAUCGGUGGUCUGGGUGCUUUGUAGCCGGCGCCACAAAAAGCAAACCCACAUCCCAGCAUUUGGCCACCUAUCGGAGGGAGGCCAGAGACGUCCCGGAGGCUGCUGCCUUCCGGGAAGAUGCAUGCUAGUCCGGCAGGCUUCCCCUGACACAGCUGUGAGAACCGCGGGGCCCGGUGGUUCCACAGAGCGUAAGAUGAGCCUGGAAGGCUGUCCAGGUUAUUUGGAAGCCCCAGCAUCUUGGGAUUAGUUUGCAAGUGCUGCGAAGUGGGGAAAAAAAAUGAAAAAAAAAAACCACACAGGCCUGAUGGUCCAGGUGACAGACCUUCUGCAGUGGGGUGUGAAUUAUUCCAAAGUAGGUUAUGGAGGGUCACCUCUGCUCCAUCCCAAAGGCCAUCGUGCAGUCAGUUUCAUACCCUCACCUAAAUUUUUUUCAAUUCCCAGCCUUUUUUUUUUUUUUUUUAAGUUUCCUGAUCCCCACAGGACACAGGGCAUUUGAGGGGGAGGACCCUGGAGUGUGUCCUCUCAGUUGUCACUGGUGUUUGCCACGCCUGGGCAGACGGGAAAUUCCUCAGAUACCUUCCUUUUACCCUCUUCUUUCCUAGCUGUGUUUCAGAAUGGACCCAUGUGUGGCUCUCUUUCACCUCAAAAUAAGGUCAGUAGUAUCUUAUAAGAUGAGGAAGAUGCCACCCCUUAGUACUUCUGAUGAUAACGUAGUUUUCGAGAGCUGUUACAGUUUUGGGGGGGAGGGGUUUCCUGUUCAAUAGCCAUCUAAAUCAACUCUUCCAAUACAGGCUCGGAAUCCAACAUUAGGAGUACAGUCUUUUUUUACUCACGAAGAUUAGACCUCCCUUACAAAGCACCCCGUCCUCGUUUCUCUCCGCUUCCUCUGCUCAGUUGGGUGAGCAUCUCACGCCCCCCGCCCCCUCCAGGUGAAGCCACCAGAUGCCCAGGCAUGUCCUCAGGCCAUUUCUGAGUGAGUCAGGCAGGCAGGGGUUGUGGUCACCCGGGCAGGAGGAGUUCUCCACCCCUCCCCCAGCCCCAGCCUCACUGAUGAGGACACCAGCCUGCGGGGAGGGAGGGACAAAUAGGCUAUCACUCAAGGACACUGGAAACGCUCCGCCUCUCAUCCAACCACGGAUAGAUGCGCAGGGGUGGCCGGCCUCCUCCCAUCCUCACACACUCCCCCCACUCUACCUUCCAGAAGGUCGGGUUCGCGGUGAGGUCAGGGACCUUCUAUGUGUCCCCAGAUGAAGGGUUUGGGUUCAGUCUGCUCGAACGGGGAUGAAAUCCAGCUGGAUCCCAGCAUACUACAGAUGUCUUUCAAGAGCGUUCCAUAGCACACAGUGAUGAUCUUCCAGCCUCUGAGACGACUGAUGUUGGCUCUCAGAUGGAGAGAUUAAGCCAAAUACCUGGCGUGUUGUGAAGCCAUUGCGUUGCAGGGCUGGAGAGGGUGGGUCUUUACUGAGGCUCUCUGUGUGUGACAUAAAACCAGAGACCCAGGCACGAUGUCGCUCUUCCCUAAGAUUAGAGCAUCUCAUUCCGUUCACCCAGGUUUAAGGACUCGGGCUCUUAUUGUCCAAAGAAUCUUACAGUUGAAUUAUGGAGGGGAAAUUCCCCUUUGCCCCCAGGAUUUCUGUAUUUAAAGCAAUAUCCUGUAAGAGUCUGUAAGACUUAGGCUGGCACCUUCAGCCACUUGAAGGAAUAGAAGGUGGCAAUUCCAAUGUAGUCUUCACUGUCCAUCCAGAUGUUACCGUUAUUGGUUUUCUGUUCACUCCCUUAAUGGCAAAGGUUCUUCUCAUUGGUUCUUUGAGAGAAUACCUGAGUGAUGCCGAUACCAGGGGCACAGCAUUUACACACUGCAGACCUGAAAGAUGUCAGGUUCAAUUUAGGCAACUUUGAUGGAGCACCUGCUAGACACCCCGAGAGCUUCCCAAGAAUCGGGCACCAUCCUUGCCCUCCGAGAGCGUAUCUCCUACCUGCAGAAUCUAUCUAGCGUGAAAUUUCUCACUUCAACACUAAGCACUAGGGGGGACGAAAAUUUCACCUGGGACCAAACCAGAAGUACGUCCAUGAUCUGAAUAGUUGGCCUUUCCCUGCUGCCAUCAUGGGAGGUCUUGGCUUGCAAAAUGAGAAACUGGGAAAGGAGAACUCAGAAGAAUGCUGCAGGGGAGCAAACUUGCCUCCACCUGGGUCCGAGGCAGACAGUCUCGCUUGUACCUUGAAAUUCUCUAGCGUCUACUCUUCCCUGCACCUUGAGGUAACCAGGGUGCUUCCUCUCCAUCAGAAGACAGCAGUGGCAAUUGGCUGGACGGGCUACGUGGAAGUAAUGCUAUCCCUAAGAUCUUUCUGUCCCGAGGCAACUUUGUCGUGCCUAAGGUAGCAUCACCGAUGUUCCACAUCCUUUGAGGGGCGGGGGUAUCCCCACAGGAAAAGAGGAGUAACAACUGAUGGAUUUUUUUCUCUUUUCAGCAGUAUGUUUGGAACCCCCGCUCCAUCAUCUUCUUACACUGAUACCUUGGUCCAAGUGAGAAUGUAGGUUUAGCAGAAACUUAAAUGGCUUUGACGGGAUGUACCUAAAUGCCUAAGUAACCACACCUCCUCCGCCAUUCACUGCCUAGGAUCCAACUCUGAAUACAUGUCUGAAACAUUAGCUCCCCUUUUGAAGAAGGGAAAUCUGAGUAUCAGAGAGGUCCUGUGACUUGUCCUAGGAGCAGACGGCAUGCCAGGGACAGAAUGAGGAUUGGGACCCAGCCUGGCCAUACCCCGAUCUGACCCAUUCCCACCCAGGAAGCUGAAGAUAAAAAUUGGGGGAAAUACACAAAGAACAAAAGGCAGUUUCUUUGCCCAAGCAUUCGGUGCUAGUUAGUUUUCACCCACUCAACCUGUUUCUCUUCUGAACAGUAAUGGAGGGAGUGAUCCAAGGAGCCGGGGGUGGGGUGGGAAGGGGGGUGACAGUGGUCCCUGCCUGCCUAAAAACCACAGAAGACUAACCUGAUACCCUUUGGGCCCCAUCUGCAUCAACACUAAACAACGACAAACUCCCCGAAUCUUUCAUACAUGCCAAGUGAACAUUCUUGAAGAUAUUUCUCUGUGACUGCAACCACCUGCAAACGAGGACGAAUCUAGAAUUUUUUUUUUAAUUUCUAAUCUCUUGUUGUUUAUGAGGUGUGGGGUUUAUAAGGGACUGAAUCAAAUGAAUGUAACAAAAAAGAAAAAAAAAAAGCCUUUUCUCAGGGCCAGUGAAUUGCAAAUAAUUUUUAAAGAAAAGCCUAUA